AUGAAAAAACCACGCUGUGAAAAGCCAGUGUCCACAAAAGAGACAGAGGAACCUUGCAACUUUAUUCGAGAGGUAGCUGUGAACUCUUUAUUUACAGAAGAGAAAAAGCAAAUGAACCUGCGACUCACUGGUGGUAACACAGAGAAUGAGUCUAAAAAGGAUGCAGAUGAAAUGUCCAAAAUGAGUGUGCCUCAGGAGUCUGUCUUGCUGGCUGAUGCCUCAGCAGAGAAGACUGAUCCUGAGAAGGCCUUUGCAGACAUUAUGGGCACAGAGCCCAUAUACUUGGGAGCACAACACAGGCUGAUGGAAGUGGUGCCUGCCUCACACUUGAUUCAAAAUUUGGCUAAGCCUUAUAUAAAUCUGAACCACCAUGGUCUAGGACCUAAAGGUGUCAAAGACAUUGUUAGUGCUAUGGUGGUGAAUGCAACAUUCACCCAUGAACAGUUGGAAGACAACUGCAUUUUGGUAAAAGGAGCUAUAUGCAUAGGAGAGAUGUGAGAGAAUUCAUCCCUUCAAGUCCAAAACAUCUCAAAUAAGCACCUAGACACAUCAGGAGCUGAAGCCACCGCCAGUUUGCUUUUAGAUAAUUUGUCCUUCGUCGAUGUUUUUCAGCUCCUGGGAAACAACUUUGGAGAGGAGACUGCACAAUACUUUGCUGAGGCAUUAAUAAGCAAUUAACAAGUGAAGGAGCUGAACCUCAGCCACACAGAGUUCUCUGAGAAGGGAGGACAGCUCUUGGGAUAGAUGCCCAUAUAUAUGGCCAGUAAUCCCCUGACCACAGAAGAUGCUACUGCACUAGUCACAACCAUCAGAAAGAACAGAUCUUCCUCCAAAUUCAAGACUCCAGGACCAACUGCAUUUUCCUUGCCCUAUGUCGCACACAAGUUGGUGAAUGAAACUUUCAUCAAGUUGCAGGAUUUGGUGUGUCAAAUGCAUCCUGAACUAGAUGUCAUCUACAGUAAGGUCAAAGACUAUCACCAAGAUCCCCAAUAGCAUCCAAAUCCCAUGGAAGUGAUUCAGAACUCUUUGAAAGAGCACAACCUACAACUCGAGAACUUCUUUGGGAAUAUUGAGAAGGAUAGAAACCUAAAGAUUCCUGUGGCAGCCUUCUGGAAAGCCAUGAUGGUACUGCUCCAGGGAAACCUCUCUGCUGCAGCACAGCCACCAGCCAGCUUUGCUGGUGACAUCAUGAUGCUUCUGGACGAAAUUGGUGAACUAGUGCACAAUCUGGACUGGAAUCAAAGAGUUGUGGAUUACAGUCACUUAAAAGACCAGGAGCCAGCACAGAAGCCUGUGGAAUGGGAAAUUGGACAGGAGGAGAGGGAAGAGCCAUGA